AUGCUGGGCAGCCCAGGGCUGCAGCUGGAAUCCCGAGCCCAGGAUGGAGACCGGCUGGGGCUUGAGGCGGCCGCCCUCCACCUGGGCUGGCCAGCCCUGCUGCUGUGGGUCUCAGGCCUGAGCUGUUCUGUCUCCUCCACGCCGGCUUCGCCCUCUCCCUCUCUGGUGCCCCGGGUCCGAACCAGCUACGGUUUUGGAAGGACUCUCCUCGGUCUUGAUAAAUGCAAUGCCUGCAUCGGAACAUCUAUUUGCAAGAAGUUCUUUAAAGAAGAAAUAAGGUUUGACAACUGGCCGGCCUCACACCUCCGACUGCCUCCUGGGGACGACGUGCUGUCUUACCCUGCCAAUUACUCCGAUGAUGCCAAAACCUGGCGCCCGGUGGAGAUCUCGAGGCUGAUCAGCAAAAACCAAAGCGAGAUCUCAGACAGGAGAAUCUGUGCCUCCGCAGCUGCCCCAAAGACCUGCAGCAUUGAGCGCGUCCUGCGGAAAACAGGGAGGUUCCAGAAAUGGCUGCAGGCCAAGCGUCUCACACCAGAGCUGGUGCAGGGUCUCUCCCACUUCCCCCUGCAGGGCCUGCCCAGCCCUCUCUUGCGCUGCCCAUCACAGCGACUCCUGGACCGCGUGGUCCGGCGCUAUGCGGAGGUGGCUGACGCCGGCAGCAUCUUCAUGGACCACUUCACGGACCGCGACAAGCUGCGUCUCCUCUACACGCUGGCUGUCAACGCACAUCCCAUCCUCCUACAGAUCUUCCCGGGCGCCGAGGGCUGGCCGCUGCCCAAGUACCUGGGCUCCUGUGGCCGAUUUCUGGUGAGCACCAGCACCAGCCCGCUCCAGGAGUUCUAUGGUGCACCCCCUGACCAGGCGGCCGACCUAGCCUACCAGCUCCUGGGCGUCCUGGAGUCUCUAAGGAGCAACGAUCUGAACUACUUCUUCUACUUCACCCACGUGGACGCCAGCAUGUUUGGCAUCUUCAACAACGGGCAUCUGUUCAUCCGAGAUGCCAGCACGCUGGGCGUCAUCGACAGGCAGGAAGGCAGCCAAGUAGCCGCCUGGACAGGAGAGAGUAAAGACAUCUUUAGCUGCCUGGUCUCUGGCUGCCAGGCUGAGCUGCCCUCCUGCGACGCCAUCCCCGAGAAGCAGAGCCUGGUGCUGGUGUGCGGGCAGGUGCUGCCCGCCCUUCUCCGGGCCAAGUUCCCGUCCCCGGUGCAGGAGGAGAUAGACGCCGCGCUCGCUCAUUGUGGGGAGGGGGCCCGGCCAGACCCUGAGGUCCUGGGGGCCGCCAGCCGGCUGAAGGACAUCUUGAGGCCCCUGAGAACCUGCGACCCCAGAUUUGCCUACCGCUACCCGGACUGCAAGUAUAAUGAGAAGUUCUGAGGCAUCUUGCUGGCCUCGGGGGACCACAUCCUUGGCCUCCCAUUGCAGCGCCCUUUUAGACGUUGGGAGAAGGGCCCAUUCCUUUCCCAGGGAUGGAGGAACACGCCAUCGAUAGGGUGGCAUGACCCCCAUCCCACUCCCACCCCCAGCCCUGGCUGGGCCGUCACGGAAGAGCUCACGGCGGGGCAUCGGCGGACUGGGGUGUGGCCCCUCGGCCUUGUUGAGCCUCCGUUUUCUCUCUUCAGCACCAGACUCUUGAGUUAAUGAAACAAGACAGAGAUGUGAACGGUCAGGAAUCCAUUCUGACUCCUCCCAGCCCAGGUCGUUACAGAGAAUGUUCCAGAAGCAUGCCCAGGCAGGGCCAAUGAGACAGAGCCUGGGGAAGUCAGAAGGCUGGCAUGGAGGAAAGACUGCAGGAAGGUGAGGCCCCUGGCCAGUAGCAUGUUAGCCUUGGACAAGGGGAGCGCCCUUUCCUACUCCUGCGCCCUUGCCCUGCCCCGCUCCCCACACCGCCAUGGGGUGAGGAGACUGCAGGUCAAGGGAACACACGGACAGAAGGUACCUCUGUUCCAGGGGUGCCCAGAGACAUUUCAUGGUGUGGGAAGAAGUCAGGAGUAAAAAGGGAAGAUGGGGGCGGGGCGGGGCUGAGACGCAGGUGUCAGGACAGGAUUACAUGGGCAAGGAUUGUAGGAAGGAGGAUGCUUGCGUGGAAGGGAGGGAGAAAGGAGCCAGGGCCGCCCAGAAGCUCCAUACGAGCCUGCCUGACCCCCCCGAGUGAGGGUGAGGAGGUCAGGUGGGAGCAUCCUAGACUGCCGUCCAGGCAACCCAAGUCCAUCAGCGUGUCCUCGAGGCAAAGCCAGCCAGCAGAGGAACCAAGAAUACAUGGCCCCUGUAUUCCAGCCUCAGGGACCAGCCCGGAGGGAAGUGUGGCCUCAGCCCCACCAGCCACAAAACCAGAUUUCAAAGCACCCCACGGGGCAUUUAGCCAGCUCUGCUCCCUGGAGCAGGAGGUCUGUGAGUAGAACAUUCUCGCUAUAGCCACAGCUGGGGACCAGGGCCAGCUCUCUCCACACGGCCUCCAGGGCAGGACUCUAAGGAGUCUGAGAAUUUUCAUUCAAACUUGGCCUUAGAGGUCAUUCUAAAAAUAUUUUUUUUCAAGGUCAGCCAACAGAAUAUAUUUUAUUCAGCAGUGUGUGUGUUUGGGACUUUCCAAAUAGUGAGCCAUGUGGUAAGUGGGUCUCCAUGUAAACUGCCUGGGCCCCUCAAACAUGAAGUGGGGGCUCCUUGGACCUUCACCCAGCCUCCCUGCCAGCUCUACCCCCCCAGGGCCCUCUCAGUUGGCCCCCUCUUUUCUACCUCUGAAUCACCACCUAUAAGGUCAGAAUGCCUGGCUUAACAGGCUUCAUGCUGCUGACAGGGGAAACUGAGGCCCAGGGAGGAAAAGCGGUUUGCUGGGAUAGUUCUAGAACUCCUGCUACUAGUCCAGACUCCUCUUACCUUCCCCUUCAGCCUCCAUCCUGCCCGGUUCUGGUCUCUUCACUCACAUUUAAAGAUGAGCCAAGAAAAGUCCUAUUUUGUGGUACACUACGUUGCUGUUGGGGCUUCCCUUUUGACCUCUCCAGGCACUACUUCCGGGGCAACCGUGACAGUGAGGUUGCCAGGCCAAGUUUCUGGAAGGGCAUGCUUGGGCUGCCUGAGAGUCUUUGGUCUGGAGGGUGAGGACUGACCACCCUUCCCAACCUGUUGUUUUUGUCCAGUGAAACUGAUCUUAGACCUCCUGCCUUCUCUGUCUCUGAGUGGAUACAUUUCUAUUGUUUUAAGACCCUCACUUCGGGGUCAUUUGUUACAGCAGCCACAGGAAACAAACACAUACUCUGAACUCUUAGUGUCUGCUUCCAGAGAACCCAACUUGAAAUACUCCUCAACUCCAGUCUCUUGUGAUGGAUUCAAAAGCCAGACCCACCAGGAAGGAGUGUGUUAUGUACCCAGACCCGGGAAUGAGGCUUGCACGGUUGCGUUCCUCCACUUGCUAAGUCCCAGGCCUCAUUUAAGACCCAAGCACUCCCUUGACCGGAAGCUUUUCCUAACAGCCCAGCCCCUCAGCGAGCUCUCUCCAAAUCCCACCUCUGUACCCCUGAACCCCAGGUCUGCACCCAUUUGAGGCUUAUCCCAAGGAUAUUCCAGAGAGAUCUGUGCCCCUCCUUCCCAGCCAGUUGGGAGCUCCCUGAGGAUGGCAGUGGCACAGGGCCACUUUGUGUUCCCCAUGGCAGCCAGCACAGGGCUGGGCACAGAGUAGGUGCUCAGAAAAUGAUCGGGCUGAGAACGUGUUCUUCAACCUUUUUUUUUUUCUUCCUUGUCUUUUCUAAGGCCACACCCGCAGCGUAUGGAGGUUCCCAGGCUAGGGGUCUAAUGGGAGCUGUAGCCGCCAGCCUAUGCCAGAGCCACCGCAACGUGGGAUCCGAGCUACAUCUACGACCUACAUACACCACAGCUCACGGCAACGCUGGAUCCUGAACUCACAGAGCGAGGCCAGGGAUCGAACCCGUGACCUCAUGGUUCCUAGUUGGAUUCGUCAACCACUGAGCCAUGACGGGAACUGCAGUGUUCUUCAAUCCUUUUUUGUUUGGUGUUCUUCAUAUACCAUGUGCUCCAGACUGUGUCCACCACAAAAUUCACAGGUUGAAAUCUUAACCCCCUGUGUGAUGGCAUCUGGAGGCAAAGACUUUGGGAGGUAACUAGGUCAUGUGGGUGGGGCCCUCAUGAAUGGGGUUAGUGCCCUCAAUAAGAGAGACUCCAGGGAGCUCGCCCACUCCUUCCACCACGUCAGGACACAGCAAGACAGUCCUGGCUAUCAACCAAGAAGAUUGCUCUCGCCAGAUACUGAAUCUGCCAGCGUGGCCAUCUUGGACUUCCCAGCCACUGGAACUGUGGAAACUAAAUGUUUGUACUUUAUAAGCCACCCAGUCUGUGGUACUGAUACAGCAGCCUGAGUGGACAAAGCAUGGCAUCCUUCCCCUCAACACCCAGGAGAGCAGUGAAUCCACACUCAAGACAACGCCAGCCAGAACAAAAUCAUUGCAUUGGGAGUUCCCAUGAUGGCUCAGCAGAAAGGAAUCUGACUAGUAUUCAUGGGAAUGCAGGUUCGCUCCCUGGCCUCACCCAGUGGGUUAAGGAUCCAGCAUGGCUGUGAACUGUGGUGUAGGUCACAGACACGGCUCGGAUCUGUUGUGGCUGCGGCUGUGGUGUAGGCCGGCAGCUGCAUCUCUGAUUCGACUCCUAGCCUGGAAACUUCCAUAUGCCACAGGCACGGCCCUCCAUAAAAGGCAAAAAAAAAAAAAAAAAAAAAUGGUCUUACCAUAUUCUCAGUCCCCUGGAGUCUGAUUGGAGGCAUUAGAGUGUUUUUUUCUGAGUUUUACUGGCCCCUGUCCUUUUGGCUGCAGGACUAGCUACAUAAUUUGUGGGGCCCAGUGCAAAAUGAAAAUGUGAGAAUUGCGGCAUGGGGCCAGCCAUGCCUUAAAUUAAGCACAGGUCCCAUGCGACUGAAUAGGUCACAUGCUCACAAAGCCAGCCCUGGGUGCCUGAGAGGACUAAUUAACCUCCACGUAGAGGGUUCUUGGGGUUUUCUGGGGUCUCACUUGACCUGCAC